UUCCCCUAAUUCCACACUACAAAAACCAAUUGCUACCCACUCUUCUCCAUUGCAAUAUUGUUCAAGAAAUUAACUUCUUUCUCUUUAGCUCUCUCUUUCUUUGCAUUUUCCUCUUCAAAAUUUUGUACACAAAAUGCUAGGUAAGAAGUUUGGUUCAAUGAAGAAUUUAGCCAAGAAGGCUAAGCUUAUUAGAACAAAUAGUAGUACGACUAUUCACCAUGAUCAAUCACAACAUCUUGAAUAUUUGCUUGUGAAGGAUCAUGAUCAUGAUGAUCAAGAUCAUCAAGGGGCUAGUCCAACAAGUGCUAAAUCCUCAAAAAAGAUGGGAACAUUUGCAGUGUAUGUAGGGGAAGAACGCGAACGAUUCGCGGUGCCAACGAGCUAUCUUUCACAUCCAUUGUUCAAGAUUUUGUUGGAGAAGACACAAAAUGAGUUUGGUUUUGAGCAAACAAACGGACUUGUGGUUCCAUGCAGUAUUGCUGCAUUUCAAGAAGUGGUCAUUGCUGUGGAGUGUUGCAAUGGGAAGUUUGAUUUUGGUGACUUGGUAGAGGAAUUUCUAUAAUUAGGUCGAUAUUUUCCAAGGUCAUGUCUAACCUUGAUCCAAAAGAAUCAGAUUAGUGGGGACGAAUAUUGUUAAUUACUUUUGUACCACUUCUUUAGUGUGAGGAUACAACAACAAUUACAACGUCUUAAUCCCAAACAAGUUGGAAUCAACUACUUUUCUAGUGUGAGGAUAGCGUUUGGAGAAAUAGAUUCAAGAAUCAUAUCUUGAGGAGGUAACUACAUUUUUAGACUUAGUUUUUUAUUUGGUACCAAAGAGCUAGUGUAACCUUCCUUUUUCGCUUUCCCAUGAGGUAGACUUGGAGAGGAGAAAGCAGAUGAGAGAAGUAAUCUUGUUGUUUAUUUUCUUUUUAAAUUAGUGUCAAUUAGUUAAAUUGUAAAUUUGUAGUGACAAGAGAACUGAAAGA